GAUUACACGCGCAUGCACCCGCACUUGUGCGAUUGCGAGGUAAGGAGGACUGUUUACAGGCACAAUUAGGGGCGCGAUUACAGCGCGAUUGCUGCUACCUGUGCGGGUCUCUGACUCACACGGCGGGUAAGAGCACGAGGUGCGCCAUCAGAGCGCUGUACGCGCGUAGCAGCUGCGCCAGCCAGGCUACUAUAGCUACUACUACUACUACUAGCUGCCACCGGACGUGAACACACAUCCUCCUUUGAUCACUUGUGACUGGUGUGAACUUCCGCUGUAUAGACGUUGCCGAGAAGACUAGCUCGAGGUCGUGUGAAGGAGCAGCAGGCUCCGCUGCGUCGAACAACAACAACAACGACGACGACGACGACAGCGACGACGACGACAGCGAAAACACAGACACAAGAGCAACGCGAAAACUCCAGAUCGGAGAUUCGGAGAGCUGCGAUGUAUUUGGGAAUGAGCUCAGUUGAUCAGCUACUGAUAAUGGCGGCUGCAGCUGUCCUUGUCAUCUUGUUUCUCAUCUGCAUGAUAUGUAAGCUGAGUCCAGACUGUUGGCUUCACUACAACUGCCCACUGAGAAUCAAGAGCUUAGAGCCACGAACAGCCUCCGGGCUCAAUGGUAAUUACAAAUCGCUUGGGAACGAAUUCGAGAUGACACAGGUGAGGCCCACGUGGUGGGAUCGCAGCGGCAGCGUUAAUCUGUCGCGCCACAGCAGCAGCGAGGACAGCAUUGGAUCGGCAUGGUCGGGCGCCAGCGAACAGAGCUCAGCCUCUCAACAGCCUGGCUCACCGAUGAAGCACAAACUAGACGCGCACGUUGCUGCUGAGAUGGAGAACACGCCGCCGCUCGGCUACACCCCUCCGGAGCCUCGCAGCAUGGGUCACCUUCAGCUCGCCAUUCUCUACGUCGACAACGAGCAGAAACUGUUCAUACGGCUGAACCGCGGCCGAGACUUCGCGCCGAAGCUCUACCGUUCGUCGACAGUCUGCGACCCGUUCGUGCGCGUCAUCGUGAAGGGCAAGGCUGGGUUCCGUACGUCGCUGCGGCCGGGCAGGCAGCCGAGGCAGCGACUCGUCACCUUCGAAUUUCAAACGCAGAUCCACCGCAACACGGCCGACCCGGUGUUCAACGAGACGUUCGUUAUGGACGUCAGCCGCCAGGUGGUGCCUCAGUGCACCGUGCAUCUGCUGCUGUGCGACCACGACAGCAUCUCGUCGCCGGACGUCGUCGGUCAGGCUUCGGUCAGCCUACGGGAGCGUGACCUUAGCAGUGAGCAGGAGGUCGCAGUUGAGUUUUCGCAGAACACUAAGGUAUAUAAUGUCGUGCACUAA